AUGUCAUCUUCGAGUAAGUCGAGCCGAACCGACAAAAGCAGCCUGAACAGCUUUGGCAAAUCAAAGAAGAGCUGGAUUCGCUCGUCCUUAACCAAGGCGUUCUCAAAGAAAAAGAAUAAAAACGGUGGGAUGUCGGAUACCGAGAGUUCACCGCAUCACGCGCUUAAUACCAUAAGUGGAUCGUCAUCCAGGUUGGAAGAAGUCGAAGUGGAUGAACUGAAAAAGAAGUUGGAAGACCGCGAUGUGGCACUGACGGAUAUUCGACUGGACGCUUUGGACAAAGCUCGAGAAGUUGAUAUCUUGAGGGAAACUGUGAACCGAUUGAAAGCACGAGGAAUAAACAGCUGGGCUUGUCCCGGUACUUGCGCGGCCGUGGUUCAAGAGCUUCGUCCCAGGCCUCCAUCCCUAUGCUUGGUGACGAAGAUCCCUGUCUACGAAGCACCACCUAGCAGCUCCAGUGGCAGCUAUUCGAGCAAAAGAUCGUCGGGUUGCAAUUCUGUAAAGGUGACGGUGAAUGUCGAUUUGCGCGGUGUGAUCAGCAACGCCAUCUGUCCGGACAAUGAGAUUAUCAUCGGCUUCUUGGCGAUCCCAGGAAAAGACGUCGCCUGGGAAGAGCUCGAUCAACAAAUAUUCUCGCUGUUCGAGGCUUACAUUGCCCGAAUAGAUCCAGAUCAUCACCUUGGACUACAUUGCACCGAAAGUGUGAUCGGCUAUCAGAUGGGUGAACUGGUUCGCGAAAAAGGUGCCACCCCACCGGAACAGAUCCCUGGAGAUGUUUUAGCCCCCACGACGACUGUUAGGAUGUUCUUGAGAGGUGCUGCUCAACAUGCUGUCGACUCCCUUGUACUCGAAUGCCUAUUUCCUCGAACAAUGCUCGAACAAUUGCUCAAAUUCUUGCUGUCACAUAGGCGAUUAGUGCUUUCUGGAGCCACUGGAAUUGGCAAAAGCAACCUUGCACGUCAGCUCGCCACCUAUCUUUCCGUCAGAAUCGGUCUUGACCGUAACGGAGUUGUUGACGUGCGGAUACCGGAAGAUACCAGUGACCAGUGA